AUGGAGAACGCUCUCGAGAAACUUACGGAUCAACGCUCGUCGGAAGAUCAAGAUCUUCUCGAACGGAGCACAAAGAAAUCUAAACGUGACGUUGGAGAUCAAGCAGCCCAUGCUGAGAGAACCUUAGAGGUGGUGCCGGAGACGCCGAUGGAUGAGACGGGCGAAUGCGACGUUCCGCCGGAACGGCCAAGCCGAGAUCGGCCACCUCUGUCCUUCCGUGAUGCUGUUGCUGGAAAUAUGAUGGCGAACAUUGAUUUGACUUUGGGAGAUCUGGAGGGAGAUGACUGCUACUCCGAUGACGAGAACCAAGAUGAGCCAGACGACCCACUCUGUCCAACCAUCCGACUUACCAGAAAGGAGAAGGAGAUAAUCAGAGCACCUUGGAGGCAGGCGUUAAUUGUCAAGGUAUGGGGAAAACAGGUGGGGUAUUCCUUCCUGAUGCGUAAGCUCUGCGCUUUAUGGAGAUCGAAGGGGAGCUUUGAGAUGGUGGCGAUCGACAACGGCUAUUUCCUCGUGAAAUUUGGUUCGACGGAUGAUAUCAACUUUGCAAAAUACGAGGGGCCAUGGAUGAUCCUAGAUCACUACUUGAUCGUUAAGGAGUGGGAGCCCAACUUCGAUCCAAUGGCGGACAAAACACAAAAAGUUUUGCGGCGUUUUCUUCGAAAAAUCGGUGACAAGAUCGGACGACCGGUGCGGGUAGAUCAUGCAACGAGCCAUGCAUCCAGAGGGCGCUUCGCCCGGAUUUGCGUGGAGGUGGAAAUAACGAAACCUUUGCUGUCGAAGUUCACGCUGGAAGGGCGCCGCCGGUUCAUCGCAUAUGAAGGCCUCCAUCUGGUGUGUUUCCAAUGCGGGAUGUACGGCCAUUAUGCUGAGGCUUGUCCGACCAUGAAGAACACUGGAGCAUCCAGCGAACCUGAACAAAGUCGUGCUCUAGUGGAAAAGGCAGUGGCUACCAAGGCCGCGAAGGUUGCUGAUACAGCGCUGAAACCAUACGGAUCAUGGAUAGUGGUCACGAAGCCGGAGAGGAGACGCCAACAAAAACCGGAUCAAAGCAGGCAACGCAAGGAUGGACCUCCGGGGAGUCACAGUCAAUCUCGUUACAAACCUUUGGGGAUUUUACAGGAAGAUGAUAGCUUGGAUGGGGAGGCAGCAGAGGAAUCGACGGAUGCCGAUGGUGGAAGGCCGACAGAUAAGGCCGGAGAGCAGGAUGGAGGUCGAAACACAAUUGUUGCCAGAACCCAACGCAGAGCUAACAUGGUGGUUAAUGAGAAGCAGAUAGAGAAUCAGAAAGAGACCAGACAAACGAAGGAGGCCAAGGGGAAGGAAAAAGUAGCAUGA